UAAAUAUCUGGAUUUGACCAAUUGCGAUUUGCAGAUUGUAGGCGAAGAGUUCAACAAGAAGCCGUUGGCUUUCGCGGUGCAGUUGGGGUCGACCCUCAAGGAUCAAAUGAAUUCGGCAGUUUUGCAGCUGUACAAUAAGAGGAUUCUGCAGAGGUUCAAGGAGAAAUGGUGGGCCAACAAUCCGAACAAAGUCCACUGCCAAGUGGAUUCCGUUUCGGAGAGCAUCAACGUCGACAACAUCUUCGGCAUCUUCAUAUUCCUCUUCCUCGCCGCUCUGUGCGUGGUGAUCUUUGCGCUGGUAAAGCGUUUCUGGUCGUGGCUGAAGACACGAAACUAGAGCGGAAACCUUUCAAUCCACCCUAAUAAUUAGAGUAAUUGCGAAUCGAUCGAUCGGUUUGCGGUGUGUGGCAUUUUUCCAUUUCAGUUCAGCUGCUUGUUUUUUUUUCUUGUUUUUUGUUCUCCUAUUAUUUUGUUUUUAUCAACACGAUGCACGCGACGGCCGAGCAAAUAGACUGUCCAUAAUUGAUUAUUAUUGUCUGUUUAUAACGAACACAUCGCUAAGCAACAAAAAAAAUGUGUGUGUGUGCGGUCGGUGUUAACGUUUGUUGCUACAAACACGUAUUGGAAGCAGAUCAAUUCGAUGCAUGGUCGAACGAAAAUGCGGAAGAUCCACGUAGCCUUUGCGUUUCUGUUCGUCAAUGAGGAAGGUAAUUUGGUGGCCGAGAAGGCCGUCGACGUCGCUCUGGAUUACGUGAAGAGAAACACCAAGCUGGGUGUUAAAGUCGACAUGGAGAGGGUCGUAGGAAAUCGGACCGAUGCUAAGGGUUUAUUGGAUUCCCUUUGCAAGACGUACAACGAUAUGCUGGAUAGUAAGAAGCAACCCAAUGUUGUGUUGGAUUUGACGAUGACCGGUUUAGCUUCGGAAACUGUUAAAUCUUUCACUGCGGCUUUGGGUUUGCCGACGAUAAGCGGUUCGUUCGGGCAGCAGGGCGAUCUCAGACAGUGGAGGAACAUCGACCAAAACCAGCAGCAAUAUCUGAUACAGAUCAUGCCACCAGCAGACGUAAUCCCCGAAAUCAUCAGAUCAAUAGUCCUGAAUCAGAACAUCUCCAACGCGGCUAUACUUUACGACGAAUCAUUCGUGAUGGAUCACAAGUUUAAAUCGUUGCUGCAGAACGUCGCGACGCGUCACGUUAUCGCCCCGAUUAGUCCGGACAACCAGAAGGAUCAGCUGAUGAACUUGAGGAAACUGGAUAUAGUGAACUUCUUCGUUUUAGGUAGUUUGAAUAACAUUAAACGGGUGCUGGACGCGGCGGAUGGCGUGAGCUUCUUCAACAGGAAGUACGCGUGGCACGCGAUCACGCAAGAUAAAGGAGACAUCAAGUGCGUCUGCAGAAACGCGACGGUGAUGUUCGCUAAACCGACCCUCGACAACCAAUACCAGGACCGUAACGGCCUCAUCCGAACCUCCUAUCAAUUGAACGCCGACCCAGAAAUCGCCGCUUCUUUCUACUUCGAUUUAGCUUUACACACCUUCCUCACCAUCAAAGAUAUAAUCUCCGAAGGCGCUUGGCCUGGAAACAUGUCCUACAUCACCUGCGACGAUUACAACGGAAAGAACACACCGGAAAGACCCACAAUCGACAUCAAGAAAUACUUCAAUAAGGAAAACUCAGAGACUCCAGUUUACGGCCCUCUGAAGAUCAUCUCGAACGGACUAAGUUCAAUGGAAUUCAGCAUGCAAUUGAGCGCGGUCGGAAUCCGCGAAGGUUCGUCGGAUAAAUCCGUUCAGUUAGGAUCGUGGAAGGCCGGUUUCAACAACAAUUUGACUCUUUUGAAUCCUCAAUCCAUGACCAAUUACACGGCAGAUGUUGUUUACAGAGUGGUCACGGUUUUGCAACAACCUUUCAUAUUCAAAGAUGAGAAAGCGCCGAAGAAGUUUUCCGGCUAUUGCAUCGAUCUUAUAGAUCAGAUCGCCGAAAUCCUCAAAUUCGAUUACGAAAUUGUGCCGGUGCAGGACGGAAAAUUCGGGAAUAUGGACGAGAAAGGAAAUUGGAACGGUAUAGUCAAAGAGCUGAUUGAUAAGAAGGCCGACAUCGGUUUGGGAUCGAUGUCGGUGAUGGCGGAGCGAGAAAACGUUAUCGAUUUUACCGUUCCUUAUUACGAUUUAGUCGGAAUUACGAUACUGAUGAAAUUACCGAAAACGCCAACAUCUCUAUUCAAAUUCUUAACCGUCUUGGAGAACGACGUUUGGCUUUGCAUUUUGGCCGCAUAUUUCUUCACGAGCUUCUUGAUGUGGGUUUUCGAUCGAUGGAGUCCGUACAGUUAUCAAAAUAACAGGGAGAAGUAUAAGGACGAUGAAGAGAAACGCGAGUUCAAUUUGAAGGAAUGCUUGUGGUUCUGCAUGACUUCGUUGACUCCGCAAGGUGGUGGCGAAGCUCCGAAGAAUCUUUCCGGAAGAUUAGUUGCCGCCACUUGGUGGCUCUUCGGCUUCAUCAUCAUCGCCUCGUACACCGCCAAUUUGGCCGCUUUCUUAACGGUUUCGCGAUUGGAUACGCCGGUGGAAUCUCUGGACGAUCUCUCUAAACAAUACAAAAUUCAGUACGCUCCUUUGAACGGUUCUUCGGCGAUGACUUAUUUCGAGAGGAUGGCCGAUAUUGAGCUUAGAUUUUACGAGAUUUGGAAGGAUAUGAGUUUGAACGAUAGUUUGACCGAUGUGGAGAGGGCGAAGUUAGCUGUUUGGGAUUAUCCCGUGAGCGAUAAAUACACGAAGAUGUGGCAAGCUAUGAAGGAGGCAACUCUACCAAACACUCUCGACGAAGCUGUGAAACGCGUGCGGGAAUCUCGUUCUAGCAGCGAAGGAUUCGCGUUUCUCGGAGACGCAACAGAUAUUAAGUAUUUGACGUUGACCAACUGCGAUCUGCAGAUGGUCGGGGAGGAGUUCUCCAGGAAGCCGUACGCCAUCGCCGUGCAGCAGGGAUCUCCUCUUCGAGACCAAUUCAAUACAGCGAUUUUGCAAUUGCUUAAUAAAAGGCAAUUGGAGAGGUUCAAGGAGAAAUGGUGGACGAACAACCCGAAGGCAAUAAAAUGCGAGAAACAGGACGACCAAUCGGAUGGAAUCAGCAUCCAGAAUAUCGGCGGUGUCUUCAUAGUGAUCUUCGUCGGAAUCGGAUUGGCCUGCAUCACUCUGGCCUUCGAGUAUUGGUGGUACAAGUACCGCAAAGGAUCGAAAGUCAUUGCUGUGCAGGAAGCGCAGCAGACGCGACCGCCGAAGAAUUUACCGCGCGACGACUUCAAGCAGAACAAACUGUACCCGCGCUCUCGUUUCUAAACUGUAAACAUUUAGUGGACAACACGCAGCUUGUUGAAGGGGACCUCUCGAG